UCAUCUUUAAUAACUUGAACCACCGGAGCUAAUCAUCAGCAAUCACCGAUCUCCUUCUCACCGUCUCUCAUAAUUCUCUUUCCCCCCAUAAAUCCUAUUAUUCUCUUACAAAAACUGAUUCAAUACAUAUAUAUAUUAUAUAUAUAUCAGAAAUCAUAUAUAUUGAUUGAUUGUGAUCAAAUUAUUUCGAAAUUAUUAUUAUAAUUAAAUUUGCAAAAAGAGGAUUUGAAGUGGUGUAAUGUGAUGUUUGAAACCCUAAUUAUAAUUAGGGUUUUCUAACGGACUAUAUAUAUAUAAUUAUAUAUAUAAUCAAUCAUGUGGUUUUCUUUCUGGAAACCUAGAGAUCGUUACACUUUAGAUGAACUCAGAUAUUUAACUGACCAGCUGGCGAAAUUUCAAGUGGUUAAUGAUGUCAACAAGGGUGAUGUGGUGGAGACUUUGAGAUUAAUUGCAGAGUUGAUAAUAUAUGGUGACCAAAAUGACACAAAUUUCUUCGAGUAUUUUAUGGAGAAGCAGGUCAUGGGUGAAUUUGUACGUAUACUAAAGAUCAGCAAGAGUGUGGCUGUUUCAAUUCAAUUGAUACAAUCAAUGGAAAUUAUGAUUCAGAACCUGAAAAGUGAUCACUCUAUAUAUUAUUUGUUCAGUAAUGAACACAUCAAUUUCCUUGUAACUUAUUCUUUUGACUUCCGGAAUGAAGAGCUAUUGCACCAUUUUAUAUCCUUCAUCAGAGCAAUCAGUGUAAAGUUGAACAAGAAUACAAUAUCGUUGCUUGUUAAGACGGAAAAGGAAGAAAUAGUUGCCUUUCCACUUUAUGUAGAGGCAAUUCGUUUUGCAUUUCAUGAAGAUGGCAUGAUCCGUACUGCAGUUCGGUCAUCAACGCUACAUAUAUAUCAUGUUGGAGAUGUAUAUGUCAAUAAAUAUAUCGCCAGCCCACCCCAUGAUGAGUACUUUUUAAACUUGGUUAUCUAUUUUAAAGAGCACUGCAUCGGCUUAAAUGGAAUGAUAUCAUCAAUAACAGAGAGCCAAGGUCCUGAAUCAACCUCUAGCAUACUCUCUGCAGUGGAUAUCAUUGAAGACAAUCUAUGCUAUCUUAGUGAUGUUCUAUCGGCUGGGAUUCCUGAUGUUGUGACGUUAAUUACAGACAACAUGUUGAAACUUCUCAUAUUCCCGCUGCUACUUCCUUCAUUAAGAAUUGGAGUUUCUGAUGGAAAGAAGUUCAGUUCUGUCACAUCUCUUUAUUUGCUGUCUUACAUAUUGCGGAUCCUUAAGGUUAAGGACCUGUCAAAUACUGUUGCUGCUGCCUUGAUUUGCUCUAUCGAAGGCUCUUUUCAAAAUUCGGAGGGUAAACUCAACGGCUUCAAAACAGACCAUGAUGAUGAACCUCAUGAGAGCCAUGUAGAUGAUGAUAAGCCAGAUGGCAAUCUGGAUUCUAGUUGCAAGAUUUUAUCAACUUCAUCGAGUGUUCAACUUAAUUGCUGGGGUUCUUCAGUUUUACGGGAUGCUUUAAUCUCUUACAUCACAAGUGGCGAUGAUAUGCAUGUGGCUGGCUCUUUGAGUCUUUUGGCCACCUUCUUGCAAACUAAAGAGCUUGAUGAAUCAAUGCUAGAUGCUCUUGGAAUUCUUCCACAACGUAAACAACAUAAAAAAUUCUUGCUGAAAGCCUUGGUUGGUGAGGGUUCUGGUGAGGAGCAACUUUUUGCUUCGGAAAACUGCACAUCAAAGGAUGGCAGUGAUGGUGAACUCAAUAUUUACCUACAAAGGUUGAAGGACCAGUAUGAAGUAUCAUGUUCGUAUCAGGAAGUCGGACAAAGCCCUCGUGUACAUAGAUUUCUAGUACUAGAUGCGUUGAUUAGUCUUUUUUGCCGAACAGAUAUAUCAGCUUAUACUUUAUGGGAUGGAGGUUGGCUGUUUAGGCAAUUGCUUCCUUAUAGUAAGACUGAGUUCAACACUCGUCAUCUUCAAUCCCUCAAGGAUUCCUUUAUAAGUUGUCGUAGCCAACUUCUUGAUGUGCAAAGAGGAUCCUGGUCCGAUCUACUUAUACAAGUGAUAUGUGAUGAGUGGAGAAGAUGCAAAAGAGCAAUUGAGGCUUCAUCCCCUCGAAAGGAACCAAAGUCCAUACUCUUUCCACCAAAAAUGUCUUCAUCGAGUGAUGUUACGUCCGUUGAAUCAUCUUUUGCUGCUAGUGAAACGAUGAACGAGCGUGUUAAGGUGUUCGUGCUUCUUUAUCAGCUCCAGUAUUUCUCAGCUGGUAGAUCUCUGCCAGAUCAGCCUCCCAUCAACCCUCAAGUUGACUUCUCUGAAACUUCGCGAGCAAAAUCCGCUGGUCUGAAUGAUGUUGGCCCAAAACUAAGCACCGAAUUAAAUCUUGUUGAUGCAGUCCCGUGUAGAAUUGCUUUUGAGAGAGGAAAGGAACGUCACUUUAGCUUUUUGGCGAUUUCUAUGGGAACUUCUGGAUGGAUAAUCCUUGCAGAGGAAUUGCUUCAGAAACCUCGUUUUGGAAUUGUUCGUGUUGUCGCACCUUUGGCUGGAUGUAAUCCAAGAAUAGAUGAAAGGCAUACAAGAUGGUUACACCUCCGAAUCCGUCCAUCUACUUUACCCGUAACGGAAACUUCAAAAAACGUUGCCAACCUUAAACUCAAAUCAAAAUCAAUGGUUGAUGGAAGGUGGACCCUUGCAUUCAAGGAUGAAGAGUCUUGCAAGUCAGCUUUGACCAUGAUUCAGGAAGAGAUUGACUUGCUAUGCACUGAAGUAGAGAGAAGACUUGCACCUUUAUUAUCUGAAGAAAUGUGAAACAAUUCAAAUUCUUUUGGUCGACAGUCAACACAUCCCGAAACAUCAUCAUUUCAAUCCAUCUGGGCAUGGGAAAUAAGUCUUUUGACCAUACAAAUAAUAUCUUGCCUUCUAACAUCCAGCUGCCAGUCUGUAAAUGUCCAUAAGACAAGCUUGGCUCAGGUACAUAUGAAAUAUAAGAAAUAUAGAUAACAUUGUAUGUCAUAUCUUUGUAUAUUAGGUCAAUUCACUUGCUUUUGGAUAUUUCUUUUAACUCUAUUUUUUUAUACCCGUUUGCCCUUAGGAUUCUUUGUUGUUGUUUAUAUGAGAACAAUGUAAAUCAUAAUUGCAAUUCAAGUUCACAGGGAAAUCUUGUUGUGCAUAUUGUCAA